CUCCGAUAACAGCACGAUAACAGCAUGGUGGCGACUGCACUACCGGUGGUCGUAACCCUGGGCGACUCGAUCACUGAAUAUGGUGCCAAAGCAGACGAGUCUGGGUGGGUGUGGAUGUUGUGCCAGGACUACCGCAACCGUGCCGCCGUGGUGAACUGGGGCAAAUCAGGUUGGACCACUCGACGGUGGCUGCCUGAGAUCGCGGCAUCUCGGGACGAGCUGGCAGCACUCUCGCCGUCUCUGAUCACUGUUUUACUCGGCACGAACGACGCAGCACCUGCAUUCUAUCGGUCGGGGGUCCCUUUGGAGGAGUACACCACAACAAUGCGAGGAAUUCUCGGUGUUGUAGCUCAGGCAUGUCCUUCGGCACAGAUCCUACUCAUUGCUCCUCCCGCCGUAGUCGAUGAGGUCUUUGGUCUUCCACAGAACGAACGCGUUUACGCCUACGCCGAUGUCUGCCGUCAGCUCGGCUCCGAACUGCGGAUCCCCGUUGUGGAUUUGUGGACGGCGACGCAGGACCACCCCGAGUACUUUUGCGACGGUAUUCAUUUGAGUAGUGACGGAAAUCGCGAGUUGUAUCGUUUGGUCUUGGACGCAAUUCGUUGCAACAUGGCCCAUCUGCUUCCCGACCGGAUCGGCGCCGCCUCCAGUUGGUGGAAGCGGUAUUUUCAAGCCUGCUUUUAGCACAAUCAAGUUGCAUGGCCGGGCCACAUGAACUCGCUCGGUCAGUUGAACACCAAGGGUCUCCGUGUGAGUUCACGAUGGACAUUUCGCCAAUGUGAAACACAAUCCAGCUAAUAGUUUUGCAUGGAGAUAUAUUGAAAACGGAAAAUAUUUCCACCUUUGCGAGG